AUGAAGAUCUGUCAAGUGCUAACGGCAUUCCUCCUCUUCAGUCCCCAGUAUGUAAGUGGAGGGGAACAAAAACUGCGUCAAGGCAGAAGGUCUUUGGCGGAUAUGGUCGAAGGUGCUUCCGAGGAGGUGUUGGAUCCAGUCGAUGUCGUCCAAUCAGCAGAAAUGGAGACCGACAUCGACCAGAGGGACUUGGUGGACUCAUACGCUGAGCCACCAAGAAAUGAAAUCGAUUUAGUUAAUGGUGUUGAACAGCUUGAUGCCGGUGACUUGGUUAAUGAUGUUCUUGUAGAUGAGGAAGUGGAGGAUGCGUUGGUGGAACAAGAUGAGCGAAACCUGGGGAAAAAACGGUAUGGUCGUCGACGCAGGAAACGAUCUGGCCACGGCCGCCGCCAUCGACGCAAGCACUACCACCAUCACUCACAUUCUUCAGGCAGCAGCAGCUCAUCCAAGGGAUCGAAAGGGAGCAAAGGAUCCAAGGGAAGUUUCUGGAGCAACUUUUUCAGCAAAGGAUCAAAAGGAAGCACCAUCACGGACGUUCACACCGCAGAGGAAGCGGGAGCUACUCGGGUAGCCAUGGUUCAGGCAGCUACGGAUCAGGUAGUUAUGGUUCAGGCAGCUACGGAUCAGGUAGUUAUGGUUCAUACGGCAGUGGAAGCUACGGCAGCGUAG